AUGGCAUCGCUCGGCGGUCGCAGCAGUUUCUACAUGGACUGCGACGCCUUCAACACUUCGGCUACAGCACCACGACGCGGUACCGAGAUGUUUCUAGAAGAGGAAGGGCAGAGGAUCCGACUGAGUUUGCUGCGUCAGCUUGAUAACUCUCCCGACAAGGUCGGCGCAGGAGAGCCAUACCAGUGGCUACGAAUGGUGGAUAUUGAUCAUGCCGCAAGAUGGUGCGCGAAUGAUCCGCAGUGUACAGGCGUGUGCUACAGCUCGGAGACGGGUUGGGCUCGCUACUAUCACCAUCAGAUUCAGCAAUAUGAGGCAGAUGCGAGUGGAACAAAAGGUUGGGUCUGUCUCUCUUUGAAGGGAAUUGGGCCGAUGGGAACUGGCAUGAAGUCCGAGAUGAGGCCUUGCUUUCAUGGCCUGGAGGAAGCUAGCGAUGGAGCUUGGCAGCCAACACAGGUGCCCAAAGAUGAGCUUUGGCUUCCUGAUGGAACUGUGGUGCCCAUGCGCCUGUACCCAAACUCCCAGAACUUGGUACACCAGGCCCAGAUGAGGGCACAGGCCCGCAUUGCGUGGGCGCUUCAUCAUGGCGCAAGUGAGUGCUGUUGCCAGCAACCGCCUCUGGUUCUGACUUGGAAGGUCCGUCAUGCGCACAUCGUCAGAAUUCAAGUUUGGCCCAAGUUGGAGAAUGGUGCCUUGCUGGACCCUGUGGUGUUGGCGUACGAGGUGAGAGAUUACAUCAUGGGCGUGCCCAGCCAGGGCCAGAUCAGAGCAGCAAAGGCUGAAGCUCGCGCUGCAGCCAACAAGACGGGCAGGCACCGCCAAAUACUUACGAAGAAGAAGUUGAAGCGAGACAGGAACCGUGAUCGAAACGUCAAGAAGAAGCAGGUCGCAGCGCCUGAGCGAGGUCGAGCUGAGGCUUCCGGCACUGUCGACGUGAAGAUGGCCAGGAGCCCGUCAAAGAUAAAGCCAGGUCACGGAAGUGGGACUCCGGGUGCAAGAGCUGCAGCAGCCAAGGUGCCGAAGGCUGUGCAGGUGUCAAAGAAGGGUGGGCGAAGAAGAAAAGCAACAUGGCGAAGCCAUGGUGUCGGCUAG